AUGGCCUCAGAUCGCCUCUGCGGCUGCAAUGUCGUCACCGCAGCGGGAAUCGCAGUUUCUCUACAGUUGAUCAUCGACCUGUUGUGCUUGGCGUCGGGCGGAAUCAUCCUCGACCGGUUCCGCACCUGGGAAUCCGUCUACGGCUGGCCGGCCAUUAAUGCGACCGAGGCGGCAGAGUAUCAGGCAGCUGGAAAAACCCUGACCGUACAACCAAACUACUGGGCCCAAGCAUGGGUCGAGCUGGGCAUGGCUUGGUACGUGGCCUUCUGCUCCUUCUGGCUGUUCUCACUAUUGAUCAUCUGCCUCUCCUUCAAAUACUACCGCCCCGUCUUUGUCAUCCCGAAUUUCAUGGCGCUGCUCGUCGGCAUUUUCAUGCAUUUGUUCGCGUUUGCUGUGCUGAUCGCGCGUGUGCUGAAAGUGAGCAAGAACUACCAGACGAAGGCCUAUGAGGCGGUCAUCUUCAUCUACUGCAUGGGCCUAAUCCUGUUCACCUUCCUCAUCAACCUGCUGUUCCUCAUCUUCAUCUCGCGCUACCACUCGUUUCUCCGCGCACGCUACGGCCAUCAGGUGCCAAAGUUUGUCCAAUCGAGACCGCCGAGGACCGCAUACCCCGACGACAACCAUUAU